AUGGCGCGGUUCCUGGGACUCUGCACUUGGCUGCUGGCGCUCGGCCCCGGGCUCCUGGCGACCGUGAGGGCAGAAUGCAGCCAGGACUGCGCCACGUGCAGCUACCGCCUGGCGCGCCCGACCGACCUCAACCCGCUGGCUUGCACUCUGGAAUGUGAGGGGAAACUGCCUUCUCUCAAGACCUGGGAAACCUGCAAGGAGCUUCUGCAGCUGACCAAACUAGAGCUUCCUCCGGAUGCCACCAGUGCCCUCAGCAAACAGGAGGAGAGCCACCUGCUUGCCAAGAAGUACGGGGGCUUCAUGAAGCGGUAUGGGGGCUUCAUGAAGAAAAUGGAUGAGCUGUACCCCCUGGAAGCAGAGGAAGAGGCAAAUGGAGGUGAGGUCCUUGGCAAGAGAUAUGGGGGCUUCAUGAAGAAGGAUGCAGAGGAAGAUGACGGCCUGGGCAACUCCUCCAACCUGCUCAAGGAGCUGCUGGGAGCUGGGGACCAGCGAGAGGGGAGCCUCCACCAGGAGGGCAGUGAUGCUGAAGAUGUGAGCAAGAGAUACGGUGGCUUCAUGAGAGGCUUAAAGAGAAGCCCCCACCUGGAAGAUGAAACCAAAGAGCUGCAGAAGCGAUACGGGGGUUUCAUGAGAAGAGUGGGUCGUCCGGAGUGGUGGAUGGACUACCAGAAAAGGUACGGUGGCUUCCUCAAGCGCUUUGCCGAGCCCCUACCCUCCGAGGAAGAAGGCGAAAGUUACUCCAAGGAAGUUCCUGAAAUGGAGAAAAGAUACGGAGGAUUUAUGAGAUUUUAA